AUGGGCUCACUAGGAGUUGGCCACAUAUUCCAAGUAGUCCAGAACCCCACCCUUCGUCUACCAUUCAGUGAUCUCGCCUUUCUUUCGUGCUUGCCAGAACGCUAUCUUCCCGAGUUGGUACGAGAGAACAUCAGUCGCGUUAAAUGGGAUGAAUACCGGAGGGAAGACGAUGAUACGCUGGAAGAUGACAUUUCUGCGUCCAUACCAACGUGGAGGAAGGCCUUCAAGCUUCUGAAGAUUCUUCUACCACAUGUCGGGUUAAAUAUUCUCUUGUUGUCUUAUAUCGCCAUGGGAGCAAUGAUGUUUAUCUGGCUUGAGGCGGAUCACGAACUGCAGAACCGGAAGGUGAACAACACACAAUAUUUUCCUCUUAUCAACUACUAUAUUUUCAACAUUAGGAGGGAUAGGAUCAGUGAGUGGGCAUAG